AUGCUCUCGCCUAGCUCCUUGCAACAACUGACUGGGCAACUUGAGGUCAAGUUCAAAGGAGGUGCCUUUUCUACAUGGUCCGACAGCUUUGUACGAAUUCAAGGUCGAUGGCUAUGCGUUUAUAAGCACGAACGCGAUUCCGUACGUCAGGGUGCCAUCGAACUUGGAAUGGGUGUCACUGUCACGGAUAUGGCAAAUUCAGAAGCAUAUGCUAAAUUCCAAAGACAUUUUCACCUUACUUGCAAUGGUGGGUUACUCCCCAGGAUGGAGGUUAAAUUUCGCGCUAAGACACGAGAAGACAGAGACUUGUGGGUACAAGCAAUUGCUACGAACCUGCAAUGCCUAACAAGUUCUAAAGGGAUGGAUCCUUUCUACGGAGUCGAAGAAAUGACCAUUUUUUCUGACAAUAUACUUGAAGACAUAAUGCUACACCCUAUUCGCAUUCGUUCUGACAUGACAAUCAAGUGUGCGACAGGUGAAACGAUCGUGUCGGCUCUGUUGAAGCACAACUUAGUAUCAGAUCGAGUUACAGGCACAAUAUUCUGUCGUCAAUUACUGUCAAUGAAUUUGCUACACCAUGUCAUGUGGGAUCGUGACUUCACUGAUUCGCCCGAACCUUUCGUGAUUGCUGCGUAUGAUGUUGAGAAUGACCGUCGAUCUGAGAAAGAAAGUGACUACCACGUCACGCACUUUUCAAAAUACAUGGACUCUCGCAAGUUUUGGAGAUACAUUGCAGAAUCUGAUGUGAAGAACAAGAUCACCAGCUCCGGUGGUAUUCGACGUGCUGUUCUCAGUUCUUCAUCCGUCAGCCGAUCUGCGAGCUCGUCAAGUACAGGGUGCACUCCUAGUAUUUCGGUUGGAUCAGAACAGGAAACUUGGCGCAUUCUGACGAAUCGCUCAUCCACUGGUAGUACUCAGCCUUCAUACGCUGGACCGGAGAAAAAGGCUAGGAAAUGUGCAGUAUGCGCGAAGUCUUUUAAUCCACUGCGUCGACGUUAUUUCUGUCAUCAUUGUUGUAAUGUUGUUUGCAGUAAUUGCAGUGUCAUCCCCGUCAAAGACAGUGGAGAAUCAGCUGGAAAAGCGGUGCCGUCAUGGCAAAUCUGCAUUAGUUGCAAGCUUAUAUCAAAUGCUACGUUUAUGGGUGAGCCUGAUGAUUUGAUGGAUGGAAAAAUCCAGCUACAGACCUCGCAAAGUGCCAGUGACGUGCUGACAUCGACGUCAUCGACAAGCGAGUUUAGUAGAUCCAAUGUUGCUGAAUUUUCAAGCCAAGGAACGUCUGUAUGUCAUCACUGUCAAAAUGAAAAGUGCAGUCCUAUUACUGAUUUUCUACAGAUUAAAUAUCCGGUGAACUUUCCAAUUGACGUCGGAUUUGUGACGGCCGAGCAAUUCACAAAUGAAGCUGUGCGACUCGAGUCUGUCAAAGCUCUGCUAGUCACAAUGGCAUCCACUCCGAGUGUGACGCGCGUACUUCGUCAGUUCUGUAACAUGGCAGCUAUUGCUUCUCAAUGUCCCAUUGCUAUCGUUGGGUUUCUAGAAGAGGAUAAGUACGUUUUAGGAUCCCAAUAUGGCAUUAAUUCUGAAGCCGCUGUGCCUCGAAGUCACGCGAUAGCAGCUCACACUUGUCGUAGUGGUGAGCCGCUCGUUUGUUCAGACAUGGCUCUGGACGUACGCUUCAAGGGAAAUACUUGGCGUCAAGAAAGUCUCAAAUGCGCGCGAUUGUAUGUCGGAAUUCCAUUAAUUCUUUCUGAUGGAUGCGUUGUUGGAGCGCUAGAAGUGUUUGAUCUGCAGCCUCGUUACGAAUGCGGCGAAAUGUUGGGUCGACUUCAGACUGUGGUUCGCGGAUUGCUUAAUUUGCUCGAAAAGAUAAUGACGGCAACUGCAGAAGCCCAUAAAGAAGAAGUGGAGGAACAAUUUAACGAAGCACUAACUGAGUAUCAAACGGAGCAACCGAAUAUUCAGAAUCAGGAAAAGGAACAGUCUACAGCUGUGAAUCCCAUGGAAGCUCAGCUUCUUGAGCUACUUUCACAAACAACCACUACGCAGGAGCAAUUGCGCGCACAACAAGGUCAAAUGGUCAGCGCAAUUUCUAGCCAUUCGAAGCAGAUUGACAACUUGACGAAACAGCUUGAGCGAAUAGAGGCCACUCUUGCAACCAAACUGGACGGUAAACGCGGAGACAAGGAUUAA